UGCUGUUGGAUAUGGUGAUUCAUAUGAUUAUUAUGAGGGAGCGAACCCCACAGCGACAGAUGAAUAUUCUGAGCCGCAGAGAGUGAAACGUAGUGUCUCCAUGAAAACGAAGAGGACGAGAAAGUCCCCUAAGUCUUUUUCCAAACCCUAUAAGUACCAGGAGCAAAAACAGGCUAAAAAAUUAGCCCCUAAGAAGAAGAGAUAUGGAGACCUGCCACCGACACCAAGAAAAGACAUUCUAGGGGUGGGUAGAGUUGCUGAUCUGGGGCAGAAAGGAGAGAAGGGAGAGCCUGCAGUGAUUGAGCCAGGCAUGCUGAUUGAGGGACCUCCCGGACCACCUGGGCCUGCUGGUCUUCCGGGCCCUCCAGGCUUACACGGCCCCCCUGGUUCGGCCGGAGAUCCUGGUGACAGGGGUCCUCCAGGCCGCGCUGGUCUUCCUGGAGCGGAUGGCAUGCCAGGACCCCCUGGGACUAUGCUGAUGUUGCCAUUCCGUUUUGGCGGAGAUGGGGAAAAGGGUCCGGUGGUGUCGGCUCAGGAGGCCCAGGCUCAGGCCAUUCUGUCCCAGGCCAGGCUCGCCAUGAGAGGUACAGCAGGUCCAAUGGGUCUCACUGGAAGAUCUGGCCCAGUGGGUCUUCCAGGUCCUCCUGGACUGAAGGGAGAGAGUGGAGACCCUGGUCCUCAGGGUCCAAGGGGUAUCCAAGGCCCACCAGGGCAAAUGGGAAAAUCUGGCAAGAGAGGGCGUGCUGGAGCCGAUGGGGCCCGUGGAAUGCCUGGAGAAUCCGGAGCUAAGGGUGACAGAGGUUUUGAUGGGCUUCCAGGUCUGCCUGGUGAAAAGGGACACAGGGGUGAGACUGGUCCUCCUGGUCCCCAAGGAUCUACCGGAGAAGACGGACCAAGAGGAGAAGAUGGAGAGAUUGGACCAAGAGGACUUGCUGGUGAGAGCGGGCCGCGAGGACUGCUCGGCCCUCGAGGCCCUCCUGGACCUCCUGGACAGCCUGGCAUUGCUGGUGUUGAUGGUCCACAGGGUCCCAAAGGAAACAUGGGACCACAGGGAGAGCCAGGCCCUCCUGGACAGCAGGGGAUCCCAGGAACACAGGGUCUUCCGGGUCCACAAGGCCCUAUCGGACCGCCUGGAGAAAAAGGUCCUCACGGAAGGUCUGGUUUGCCUGGAUUGCCUGGCGCGGAUGGACCUCCUGGACAUCCUGGUAAAGAGGGUCCACCUGGAGAGAAAGGAGCUUUGGGCCAGCCUGGCCCCCAGGGCCCCAUCGGCUAUCCUGGCCCUCGCGGUGUGAAGGGUGCCGACGGCGUUCGUGGUCUGAAGGGAGGCAAAGGAGAGAAGGGUGAGGAUGGUUUCCCGGGUUUCAAGGGAGACAUGGGUCUCAAAGGCGACAGGGGUGAACUUGGAUUGGCUGGACCCAGAGGUGAGGAUGGACCGGAGGGCCCGAAGGGUCGUUCGGGCCCCAGCGGUGAAUCUGGACCCCUGGGACCUGCUGGGGAAAAGGGAAAACUUGGUGUUCCGGGAUUGCCUGGCUAUCCAGGACGUCAAGGGCCAAAGGGUUCGACCGGUUUCCCCGGAUUCCCAGGAGCCAACGGAGAGAAAGGAGCCAGGGGGGUGGCAGGGAAAUCUGGUCCAAGAGGGCAAAGAGGUCCGACGGGUCCACGUGGCUCACGCGGUGCUAGAGGCCCAACAGGAAAACCAGGCCCUAAGGGUACAGCAGGCAACGACGGUCCACCUGGUCCACCCGGAGAGAGAGGACCUCAAGGCCCCCAGGGUCCCGUUGGUUUCUCAGGACCGAAGGGCCCCCCUGGACCACCUGGAAAGGAUGGGCUGCCCGGUCACCCUGGUCAGCGGGGAGAAACUGGUUUCCAAGGCAAAACUGGCCCACCAGGACCUGGAGGUGUUGUUGGACCACAGGGUCCAACAGGAGAAACCGGCCCUAUUGGUGAGAGAGGACAUCCUGGACCCCCUGGUCCCCCCGGAGAGCAAGGUCUCCCAGGUGCUGGUGGGAAAGAAGGUGCAAAGGGAGAUCCAGGUCCUCAGGGCAGUCCAGGAAAAGACGGUCCUCCAGGACUGAGAGGGUUCCCGGGAGAAAGAGGUCUUCCCGGAGUGACGGGUCCACCUGGUUUGAAAGGAGCCGAGGGCCCUCAGGGCCCCCCUGGCCCUGUUGGUUCCCCUGGUGAGAGAGGAGCAGCAGGACCUGCUGGCCCCAUUGGCUUGUCUGGACGUACUGGACCUCAGGGACCCCCAGGACCUGCUGGAGAGAAGGGUGCACCGGGAGAGAGAGGUCCAUCAGGUCCAGCCGGUCGGGAUGGAGUUCAAGGUCCAGUUGGUCUGCCGGGUCCAGCAGGACCUCAGGGUCCACCCGGAGAAGAUGGUGACAAGGGAGAAGUUGGCGAACCAGGACAGAAGGGAAGUAAAGGCGACAAAGGUGAACAUGGUCCUCCAGGUCCACCUGGUCUUCAGGGAACUACUGGAGCUCCUGGACCUGCUGGAGGUGAUGGUGAGCCAGGUCCUCGCGGACAGCAGGGUAUGUUUGGACAGAAGGGAGAUGAAGGAUCCCGGGGCUUCCCUGGACCUCCUGGUCCCAUCGGUCUCCAGGGUCUUCCUGGGCCACCUGGUGAAAAAGGAGAAAAUGGAGACGUUGGUCCUAUGGGUCCCCCUGGCCCACCUGGUCCCAGAGGUCCUCAAGGCCCUUCUGGUGCUGAUGGUCCACAAGGUCCUCCUGGUGGAAUAGGAGGAAUGGGAUCCGUGGGUGAGAAGGGUGAACAAGGAGAAGCUGGCAACCCUGGACCUCCUGGCGAGCCUGGACCUGGGGGCCCAAAAGGGGAGAGAGGAGAGAAAGGUGAAGCUGGUCCCUCUGGUGCUGCUGGACCUCCAGGUCCCAAGGGACCCCCUGGAGAUGAUGGACCCAAGGGUAACCCUGGCCCUGUUGGUUUUCCUGGAGACCCUGGUCCACCUGGUGAGCCAGGUGUUGCUGGAAUAGAUGGAGGCCCAGGUGAAAAGGGAGAGGAUGGAGAGUCUGGUCAACCUGGACCUCCUGGUCCUUCUGGAGAAGCUGGCCCACCAGGACCUCCUGGCAAAAGAGGACCCCCGGGGACCGCUGGAGCUGAAGGCAGACAAGGAGAGAAGGGCGCCAAGGGUGAGGCAGGAUCUGAGGGUCCACCAGGUAAAACUGGACCAGUUGGCCCUCAGGGUCCCGCUGGAAAGCCUGGUCCUGAAGGUCUACGAGGAAUCCCCGGGCCUGUGGGUGAACAAGGACUUCCUGGUGCUCCUGGACAAGACGGUCCUCCAGGACCAAUGGGACCUCCUGGUCUCCCUGGCCUGAAAGGAGACCCUGGCUCUAAGGGUGAGAAGGGUCACCCCGGUCUCAUCGGCCUCAUCGGACCCCCCGGUGAGCAGGGAGAGAAGGGAGAUCGUGGUUUGCCUGGUCCUCAGGGAGCCGCUGGCAGCAAGGGUGAUUCUGGUAUCAGUGGUGCUGCUGGUCCGCUUGGUCCACCUGGUCCUCCUGGAUUGCCCGGUCCACAAGGGCCAAAGGGAUCCAAGGGUUCGACUGGUCCCGCUGGUCAAAAGGGAGACACUGGCACGUCCGGACCUCCUGGUCCUCCUGGUCCUCCUGGUGAGAUCAUCCAGCCUCUGCCUAUCCACUCGCCCAAGAAGUCCCGUCGCUCCAUCGACAUGCAAGCGGACGAAGCCGGCACCAUGCUGGACUACGGAGAGGGCAUGGAGGACAUCUUCAGCUCUUUGAAUAAUCUCAAACAGGACAUCGAGCGCAUGAAGUACCCCAUGGGCACGCAACACAACCCCGCACGAAGCUGUAAAGACCUUCAGCUCGCUCACCCAGAAUUCCCAGAUGGUGAAUACUACAUCGAUCCCAACCAGGGAUGCUCUGGGGACUCCUUUAAAGUGUACUGCAACUUCACAGCGGGAGGCGAGACCUGCAUCUUCCCCGAUAAAAAGUCAAAUGGAGUGAGACUAUCUUCAUGGCCCAAAGAAGUUCCUGGCUCCUGGUUCAGUGAAUUUAAGCGUGGCAAAAUACUUUCGUACGUGGACGCAGAAGGCAACCCGAUAAACAUGGUCCAGAUGACGUUCCUCAAACUACUGACAGCCUCCGCCAGGCAAAACUUGACCUACAACUGCCACCAGUCGGUCGCCUGGCACGACGCCACUACGGACCGCUACGACAGGGGGCUACGCUUCCUCGGCUCCAAUGACGAGGAGAUGUCAUACGACAACAACCCCUUCAUCACGGCCCUGUCAGACGGCUGUGCGGUGAGGAAGGGCUACGGAAAGACAGUUCUGGAGAUUAACACUCCCAAAAUCGAUCAGGUUCCGAUCGUUGAUGUGAGUUUCACUGACUUUGGGGAUCCCAACCAGAAAUUUGGAUUCGAAGUUGGUCCUGUCUGCUUCCUUGGCUAAAAAAACACAGACAAAGAAAAAAAAAAUACCAAUAACUUGGCAGGGUAGGGACGGGUAUAGCGCACGAGUCGAGACUUUUUUUCUUGACGUCAUCAAACCAUCGAGCCCGUUCCUGCCACAUGCCAGUUUUGAAUUUAAAAAAUGGGGUACCGAACACGUCUUGCCAUUUAUGUAUGUAUUACCCAGGAAAAUACUUGUUGCCCUUGUAGGGCAAGGAUCACAUGACAUGAAACCUGUUAUGGAACCAAAAGGUGAAGGACAACGUCAAGCCAAGGCAAACGGUGAACCUGGGAGGUCCACGAGUUGGAGAAAGGGAGGACCUCUCAUCCGGAGUCUAUCGGUGCAGUGCAAACAAAUAAAUUUUUAAAAAAAGAACAAAAAAAGACGACAACAAUGGUGCUUGUUCAAAAUAGGAAAAAAAAAGAGGUGCUAUGAGAAAGAGGAUGUAUUUUAAUAAAAACUGUAAUUAUUAUUUUGUACAUUGUUGAUGUUUCUGAAUCCACUUUCAAAACUUGCAUGUGUAUCACAAUUACAUCUGGCUCUUAAAUUCCAAAUCCCUCACGAACGUUUAUAAGUUAUAGAACUGAACAAAUAAAGAAUUAAAUAAUGAUAUUUUGUGGAUGAAUACUGUGUACUUAUUGUUAAGCAAAUAAAAGACAGCAUUCAAACAGUUCCCUACUAUUAAUUGUAAUGUAAGUCCUUUGUAUAUAUUGAGCAUACCGAAGUCGCUCGCAGUUCGGCCCACUGGACACCUCAAGAGGAAGAUUCAACAGCGCAUGCAACCUGUGCUCGAUUUAAGUAAUCUUGACAUUCGCUUUAAUUUAAUCUUUGUUCGUUAUUUGUUUGUUUUUUCAGUUGUAGGUCGGUCGUAUACCUCAAUCUCUCUUGAAAAAAAAACCAUACCGAUGCAAGUAUGGUGUGCCCUGUAUAUACCUUGGUUAUACAGUUAAGUUUAUAUAUUUUGGGUGGGGAUUUUUUUUUUUUUUUUUUAUUAAUGGGAAAAAUACAUAUCUGUUAGGCCUCUUUUUGUUCAAAACCUUCUGUGAAUUUAAUGAUAAGGCCUUUUAGGUGACCCAUUUUUGUAACUAAAAUGAGAAAUUGUUUUAAAUGUGCUUUUUAUGGUUCAUUUCAUUAUUAAAAACUGGAUUCCAACCAA